AUGCUCUUCCGAUGCUCGGAUCGGAUCGGACGCAGUUGGCUGCUUGCCAUCUUGCUUGCUCGUCCAAGAGCCUGUCCGGAGAGCCAGUGGGGAAGCCCGCCUCACCAGGACGAUUCUCCAGCGCCCCGACACGCAAUGGGGCCAGGGACAGGGCGUAACCUGAUGGCGGUGAUGCUGGCAUGCUGUGCCUGCUGCUCCAGCGCUUGGAUGUGUCGAUCCCUAUCAUCUCUCCCACGUCUGCGACCCUCCGCCACCUGCCUCCGUCCAUCUGUGGCUCGUAGGAGUGCGCUGCUGUCGGUGCAGGCAAGUUCCGAUGGCAGCUCGCAAGGUGUGUGGAGGGAGGGGUCGGUGGAGCCAGGAUGCGUGCUCGUGGCGUCUCCCGAGGAAGUGGAUCACUUCUUCCGCCAUGCUGUCGUCCUGCUGCUCGAACAUUCCGAUGGCGGAUCCAAGGGAGUCGUUCUCGAGAUGGCGACGGCGUUCAUGCUGCAGGAAAUGGCUCCAGCAGCGUUCCUGGAGCAUCCUCUGGGAGAGAACUCCCUGUUCAGAGGAGGAAGCAGCGGGAACGACAAGGUGAUCAUGCUGCACGCCCUCGAAGACGUGCAGACCUCGAAGCCGAUCGGGAGACAUGGGGUGUUUGCGGGGGGCAUGCAAGAAGUGAAGGAGCUUGUCUCGGAAGGAAGAGCAUCGAGUGAUCAAGUCAAAUUCUUUUUUAACCAUUGCGAGUGGCUGCCGGGGCAGCUCGAGCGAGAGAUCGAGCAGAAGACUUGGAGGGUCGGCUUCAUCCCUCCCCAGCUCUGCAUGCGGCAGGUCUCCUCGCAGAGUGAGAGGAUCAAGAUGGUCGAGGGCCCUCGCUUCGACUCCACUAAGAACGAGCUGAGCCAGAGCCGAAAGUUGUUCUUUGAGCUUCUGCUCCAGCGUAUUCUCGAUUUCCGCAAGGAGAAUGACGUGGAAGGCGUCCUGGCGUUGCUAGAUGCAGGAGCUGAAGUGUACGAGAGGAAGGGAGCAGCGAAAAUCAAGAGCGUCUUACAGGAAAAAUGGUCCCAGAAGCCCUCGGUCGCCAUGGAACUGAAGGGCGUGGAGUUGCAGGGAGGAACUUCAGUCAGCGUCAAGUACACACUGCGAGCGGACGGCGGAGCUCAGGAAGCCUUCAGAUCAGACGAGGAGGUCAUCUUCUCCUCCUCAGGCCUGAUCAGGAGCAUCCGAGCGCACGGCUGA